AUGGAGAUGCUACAUCAGAAGCAACCCGACGGAAGAGAGAAAGAGAACGAAACUGAAAGGGAAAUGUCACACCGGACCAACGAAUUACACGAAGACGAAACUGAAGACGAUGCCACAGAUAAACGAAAGGGAGAUGAGGUAUCAAACACCGACACCAACACCGACGAAGUAAUCAGAGAAAAGGACGGUAAUGGGGUAGAAAAGAUUAGACCCUACCCUGAUGGGAUGCAUUCCCCGAUGUUUAUCAAAUUAGCAGUGAUGAUGGGCACUGCCCUUGUGGCAGUACACAGCUUCAGGCUGAGUCCAAACACCGGAGGAGGCCUGCACAUGAAUUCUCCCCUGGGAGAAAACGCUGCACCUUCCUUUCCUCAGUGGCAAUCCCAAAUGCCCCAAGUAGGAUGGCCCUUAAACUCAGCCGGUCCUCAAGUGGUCAGCCACCCUACCGCCUUCCAAACACCAGAACAUUCAGGUCACAACUUCCCUCAAAGUCACACUGGAAGUGACCAGCUUCGAGAAACUCAGAGACCUACGACGUCUCAACCGGCUCGGGAUAAAUCCCCAUCCAAGGCUCCUUCACAGGCAGAUGCAAAUCCCCUGUCUGUCAAUAGUUUUGGAUUUCAAGAACUCCCAGUAGCAGAGAUCCAAUCCCCUGGUAAGCCGGCAAGGUCUCCUACUCUCCCAACGGCUGCUGGUGGUGACCAUUCCAUGACGCCCGUUCCUGCGAGUUCCAGUCUGCCUGUCCAGUCACCAUCCUUCACAGUCCGAGGAGUGGAUGGAAGUUACUCAGUCAUAACACCUGUAACACUUUAUGUUCCUGUGAACUCCUUUGGGGGAGUUUCAGCAACUCCAAUGGCAAAUAACGUCAUGGCAUCAUCCAGUGCGGCAAAUAUCCAGUCAUGGUCUGGAACGACUAAGAAUGAAGUGCUACCAAUGAUCCCAUUCACCUCUGUGAACUCUGGAAACCAGCUUCCGUUGUUUGUUCCAGGAUUUAAUGGCAACGUUGCCACUCCAUAUAGCAACAGCUUUACUCACGGGCAAUUCUACAACUACCCUGACCAGAAGCUGCGGCAAUUAACUGAUGAUGAAACGGAGCCAGUGAUUUUUUUAUGGCCUUGGGGGAGGCGCGAACUCUCGAUAUCUGAGCAGCAUGUCACGAACGCUAGCGACCAUGACAGCGGAUCAGCUGACGAAAAACAGACUUUGGUACCACCACCACCACCACCACCACUACUACUAGCUACUACUACUACUACUACUACUACUACUACUAAGCCAGAGCACCUCAGUCCACCUCCCUUUCACUCUCCGAUUUACUGA